GGCAACACGGAAGAGCCUGCGCUGCCCUGCUGUGUAAUCCUGCGUGGAUAUUUGUUCACUCUUUACAAACAUGUCUUAUCGCAAUAUUUCCAAAGAGGCUCUGGUUGGCUCUCUCGCCGUCGGGGUUGUUUUCGUGGCAGGAUAUGUCCUUGGAAAAAAGAAAUCAUUCAGAAUGAGCAUCUCCAAAAGUCACGUCGGGGGAAAAGACAACCCACUGAUGCAGUAUGUGCUUAAUCAUUCGCUGAGGGAACAUCCGGUUCUGAAAAGCCUCCGGCUGAGGACGAUGCAGGACUCCUGGAACUUCAUGAUGGUUGCCUGUGAGCAGGCGCAGUUCAUGGCCAAUUUGGCUAAACUAAUUAAAGCCAAAAAGGUACUGGAGAUUGGAGUAUACACCGGCUACAACACUCUCAAUAUGGCGCUGUCCUUGCCUGAGGAUGGAGCUGUGGUAGCAUGUGACAUAAGUGAAGAAUACACAAAUAUCGGCAAACCGUUCUGGAAAGAGGCUGGAGUUGAACAUAAAAUCGAUCUCCGCAUUCAACCGGCACUGCAAACUCUCGAUGAACUCCUAUCUUCUGGCCAGGCCGAAACGUUUGACUUUGUCUUCAUUGACGCAGACAAAGUUAACUAUGACAAUUACUACGAAAAGUCUCUGCUACUGCUGAGGAAAGGAGGCAUCGUCGCUAUCGACAACGUGCUGUGGAGUGGGAGGGUUCUGAAUCCGUCUCCCAAUGAUGCCGACACCGUUGCCAUCGACAAGCUGAACAAGAAGCUGCACAGAGACAUCCGGGUUACUUUGAGCAUGCUCACAGUGGGAGACGGCCUGACGCUGGCGGUCAAACUGUAGUUUUCCAUGAUGUCUUUGAAACCACUAUGAGCUUUAAACUGGAUCAUUUUAAAGUCACAUGCUGUAUAAAUGUUACAUUUUUGGGGGGAGUUUCUGCCUAAACACAGAACUUUCACAUUGGUCUUUAUGACAGCUAACCUCUGAACAAUGGCCAGUGAAUCUGAUUAAAGUGAAACAUUCCUCUUGAAUUACACCAAGUUGCCUGUUGUAAUAAAAAUUAGCGGAGAAUACA